AUGUCUAGAAAGAAUCUUCUUGAUGAGAUUGUUCUAGCUGCCAACAAGCGAAUUGGCAAAUCGAACGACACCACUAGUGUUGCUGAAGACAGAAGUGGUAUUGUACUUGAGACCAGCUGCACUACUCCGAUAACAAAACAUUUUGCAAGCCUAUUCAACAAUCCAUGUUUGAGUGAUUUCAAGUUUGUUUUGAAACGGUCCAACAUGGAUAUGAAUGAAGACCCACUUGGUCCUUUUGGACACGAAAGACUGAAUGAAAUACAUGUGCAUAAAUUUGUAAUUUAUCAAUCCGAAGUUUUUAAAGCAUUGCUUGAGAGUAAUUUGAUCGAGCAACAGACCAAUGAAAUGGUAAUCGAGGAGAAUGAAGAGAAUAUCGACGCCUUCAUUGCCAUGAUCGCCAUACUGUAUGGAUCCUACAUUCCAUGUGUGAAACAAAUGUCUAUGGAUCAUGUUUUGGAACUUUUAGCAUGCUUAGACAAGUAUCAAGUGAAAAGUGUUGAAAAAGCAAUCAUUGAUCUGUUCGUUCAAGAAAUUGAACAAAAUAACCCAAAUUUCAAGCCAUCACAAGCCUUGUGGUUAUGGUAUUACGCUCUUUGUGGCAAAGGGUACAAUCAGGUAUUGAAAUCGAAUAUUUCAACGAAGUAUAUACGACCUCUUUGGUCUAUUCAAUAUCACGGUGGAAAACGUCAAGAAGGCCAACAAGAUUUCUAUUUAUUCAUUUCCAGUCUUGAUUUCGAUGCAUUUUCCAUCUUUCUCAAUGAAUUUUGUGAUUCCUCCUGCGAACUUAGAAAAGUAUGCGAGUCCAUCGACUAUUGGUCUCAAAAGAGACCUCAGGAGAGCAGCAAAACAUCAGAGCUCUUGAGGAUUGCCUUGAAAAGAACCAAAAAUUAA